AUGCAGCCUCGCUCCUGUUCCCUCUUCUUCAUCCUCUUGCUGGGCACCGGAGCCCUUUCCGUGUCUGUGACCCUGGAGACGUUCCGUGGCUGUGCCGUGCGCCAGUUCUCCUUCCUGGCCCAGAAGCCGGGCUGUCGAAGUCUGCGCAUCACCACCGAGGCGUGCUGGGGUCGCUGCAACACCUGGGAGAAGCCACUCCCGGAGCCUCCCUACAUCCAGAGGCAUCACCGCGUCUGCACAUACAGCCGCAUUCGGUACCUGACGGCUCGCCUACCUGCCUGCCCGCCUGACGUCUCGCCCCUGUAUCCCUACCCACUGGCCCUGCAGUGUGACUGUGCGGUCUGCUCCACCCAGGACACGGAGUGUGAGACCUUCUAAGCGUGGGUUUCCAUGGGCCACAGGGCAGGAAUACAGGAAGACCCAGUACAGCGCAGCUCGGCCUGGGGGGAGCAGCUCAGACACAGCAGACGUCUGCUGUAAGCGGGUGGUUUAAUGCUCACCAGUAGGUCGUAGGUACACAGCCGUGGAAUGAGACUGCUUUUCAAUGCCUAAACAGUCGGGUGACUUUCAUUAAUCUAGCAGUAUGAGCCGUUCAGUGUAAAAAUGUCAGCUUCUCAUGCUUUUCUGUAUAACCAUUAGCUAAGCAAAUGUGAUGUAAGCACAGAAUAACACUCCCAGGGUGACAAAUAAGCUUUUAUUUUACACAGUGCAGUGAUUACAGCACACAUAGAGGGCAGCAGAGAGUCCUGCAAACUCCCAAUUACAGUGUGUAGCCCCACUGAUCAGUCCCAUCUCUUGUGCCUAUCAAAGAUCUAGAUUUGACUCUCAUUUCGGUUAACAGCAUAUCUUUGGCACUUAAGAGUCCUCAAAAUGUUACGCUUAUAAAUGUAAAGUGCACACAUUCUUCCGUCACUGAUGACAUCGGGCAGUGGAAUGAGAUGGACAGCAGAGUUGGGAGAACAGGGCAGACAUGGCGUGUCUGCUGGGUAUCUCUGAUGCUCUGGUAGCCAGAGGCACCUGCACGCCCAGCUCAGUGUGUAACACCAAAGCUCUUAUGGGAUGGCUGUUCUGUAUAUGUAUUCACACAUAUGCACUGUUACAAAAAAACUGAAUUAACAUGAAUAAAAAAAAAUGUAAUCUUGCUUUUUA